AACAGGGUGUUCUGCAGUUAGUUGUGUAUGUUAGUUUAUCAACAGCAGGUCGUUUGGGGUUAGCAAUCAUUAAUGUCUUUCCUGAAGCAGGAGAAAUAACGACACACUCGGGCACAGUCGAGCCUCGCUACUGCCACAGUUUGGUAUAGACUUUCAAGAUGGAUGCUUCCACCCUCGAUAGGUUUCUGUUUCUUUUUUGAAACGGACUCUACGUGGAUAUCAGGCCCUUACAGGACGACUGAAAGGCUUUCUGCCUUUAAAAGGGUUUUUACAUAUUAAAACCGUGCAUUUAAUACGUUUUUUUAGUUUCUACGCGUUUGGGCUGUCUGUUAUUUUUUAACUUCCUGGUUGUCGUGUGAUCAUGUCUGUUGAAACUGCGGCGACGGAUCAAGUUACUUUGAACGGCUUAUUAAACCUUAGAUUCACGGGAUUCGGUCAUUCUGUUGUAAUGUUUGAGACAAGAGACAACUGUUUUCAUCGACAGGCGAAUGGAGAAAUACUGAUUUCAUAAGUGUUCAGCAAUGGAAAGUGGCAAUGCUGGUGCCUCGAGCCAAGGUGUUUUAGUGCCUGUGCCUGAAGCUUCAGACGUGUUUUUGAACGAUAUUUUGACUCCCCUCAAAAGUGCGUAUUUGUACGAGGAGUCAAAGCAGUCCUUUAAAUACGAGUCUGCUUUGUUGGUGAAGAACCCAGCACUAGAAGAAAAGUAUGAUGCAUUCAGAGCAAGUAGAAGAGCAGCAGGAUACACAGAAGAGGAUUUGAAGGAAUCCUAUGGUUUUUUGCUCUUUGAAGAUGUCAACAAGGCAAAAACUCUUGGAGAAACUGGUGUGUUAGCUGGAAACAGCACAUGCACUAUUCUCGGAGAUCCUACAAAAGGUAUUUACAUAUCAAUGUACUCUGACUGUUUGGAUCUCAAUCGCUGGUAUCAUGGAAAAUCUGGAUACAUUGCUAUCAUCAGGCUGACAAGGGGGAAGGUUAAGAAGGUUUUAGAAAACUACACCCAGAAUUUUACUGCACCCACUGUGGGGUUCGACUGUCAUGUGUCAGAGCAGUUGCCUUCUGUAUCUGACAAAACCAGCUCCUUUCUUGCUUUUGAAAGAACCCAGUAUUAUAUGUAUGAGCUGCUGGUCGAUGGAAGCAAUGAGACAGCUCAGUCUCCCAGUGCUGCCUGUCCUUAUGCCAUUGUAUCGUUUUCAUACACGGAUACCAAAUCAACUCCUGCAGCACCACAGGAGAAAAGCAAUGAGAAAAGAAUGGUUUCUCAUUACUUUCUGUGGAAGGGUCAACUUCAAAUAGAGGACCUGUUCUACAACGUCAGUCUGAGGUCUACAUCAGGGGCCAUAAUCCCUGCAGCACUGCCACCAGUGGUGAAAGUUGAGCGGGCCAUUUCCGUGGUUGAUCUUCGACAACUCUUGCCAAAAGCUGUCUUUGAAACCUGCUUCUCUGGGGAAGUUAUUUUGGAUGAUUUGUGCUGCAGUCUAUGUGAGUUUAUUUCGUCUUCAGAAGAGGGAACAAGCUCACUUUCUCUUCUUUUGUAUGAAAUCAAGGAGAAAAAUGUUGCAUUUACAAUUCCGCUGAAUGACGGUGGUUUUCUUAUCUUGUUGCACUCCUCCCAUUUCCUCACAUAUGAUGAUAUGGGGUCAUGCUCACCAGAGGUUUUGCAAGGCGUGUUUGUGUUUCCUGACUCAAGAGUUAUCCAGAGAGGCACAAAAUUUGGACACAGAAAGCCUGCCAUUCCGUCUGAAGUGCUCCGGGUUCUGCCUUUACUAAGUUAUGCAGAGAGUGAAGUUGAGAAAACGUCAAUUGAUCCAAGUGAAGAGCUAAGUGAAGUAUUGACACAGCAUAUGCAGAGUUAUGCAACUCUGAUAAAUCCAGGGUUGGAACUGAGUCCAUCAAGAGAAGUCAGCAUCUUUGCAGAUCAGUAUGAUGUUCCAGAUGCCCACAAGCAUCUCUACACAUGCCCAGAGUGGACUGACAAGGCAUGGCAUAGCCUGAAAUCCUACCUGAGCAAACCAGCCUCCUUUCAAUUACCAGUGGCCAAGGCUUCAGAAAUUCUUGUGGCUGGACAAGAAAACCAAAUUGAAGACCUUGAUGAUGAUCUUUACAUCUGUCUGUCAUCUCCUGAGGAGGCACCUGCAAAAGUUGAUGGUUCUUGUUCAGAAGAUAAGGUUGCAGGCCAAGAAUCUUCUGUAAAUGUGGAGACAUCUGUUGACAACUCGGUUACAAGUGUUGAAACAGCAGUUGAUUUAAGACUGGAUCCUCAGACUGAUGCACCAGAUUAUUUGCAAGUUGCUGGUUCUGACAAAGACAAUGACAAACCUGCACCGAGUGUGCAGAUAAAAACUGACGUUUCAAGGACAAAAAAUCUUCUGAUUCCUGCAACAUCAGAAGAACUUCCUGCAGAACUGAUUGUCAGCAUCACCUCAGCAGAGAGAACUGAUGACAGUGUGAUAUGCACUGAGUCUGCAGCAAAGCACAAUGACUUACAGAUUUCUGAUUUUUCAGCAGCCAAAUCACAAGUAACUGGAGCUGACCCAUUAAGUAAUGAGAUUGUUGGAACAGAAAAGCUUUUGAAUACCCCUGAGGUCAACAGUUUCAUGAAAACAAAAGGUGGUAAAAUACGAAAGGGGCAUUCCAGAGGUCGCAGAAAGGUAUUUGAUGCUGGCGUUGAGACACCCAGUGUACCAACAGUGCAAACGCCUGUUGAGAACGACAACUUGAGUCAGAAAGAAGACCUGGCCAAGGAAUUAGUAGACCAACAGCCGAGUAAUCCUUCCAUUGCGGAUUGGAGGAAAGUACGAAGGCGAAAGCGUGUAUUUGGAAAACUGUCUCCAAGAAAUAAAAAAGUUGCUUCUACUGCUGUUUGUCCAGCAUCUUCAGAGGAGAAAAAAACAGGCCAUAAACAGCAGAGUUUGGAGAGCCCUGUUUUCAUGGAGCUUGAAUCUUGUCCUCUGAGAAAGAAAACUGAGCGCUGGGACUUGAAGCCAGUUGUGAGCGAAUGUGGAAGGAUCUUGGUUCCUCAUGGAUCUGUGGACAGUGCAGGGAUAAAGUCAUUAAAGGAUAAGCUUCAGUCUACAAAAUUUGACCAGGGAGGUGAAAAAAUGUUGGUUGUUUCUUCUGAGGAUGCUCAUGACACUGUUGAAAUGGAGCACAAGUCUGCUACAGCUCCAGAGAAAGAAGUUGACAAAAUGGAGACCACAACAUUCAAGGAUGGAGGGAACCAUCUUAAAAAUUUGACAGUUAGUCCUGUCCUUCCUAACCACAGUGUUUUGAGUCCAGGAGAGGCUGGCAAUGAUUCAUCAAGUGAGAAACCCAAGAGUAGUGUGUGUUCUUUGAAGCAAGAUGUCACAGACCUUUUUCCCUCACAAGAUGCUCAAGAAAAUCGCAGUGAUACCCUCUCUAAAGGAAAGAGUCCCACAAAGGGGGAAUUUCUCUUGAGCAAAUUAAAAUCAGUUCUUCUAAGAGGGAAAAGGAAGGCAGGUCUCUUUGAAUCAGACGAAAUGAUUGGAGACCCUGCUCAAGCCACUGAGCCUUUACUCAAGAUUAGCAAAGUCAACUCAGACACUGGUAUCCUGAAGGGUGGUGACAACGAUUUGGGUUUCAAGGAACUGUCAGUUGACCCCCUUUUUGCAUAUGCCCUUGGCUUGACUCCUAAAGAGAUACCAAACAUGGUAAAAAGAACUGAUGGUCCGGGCACUCAACAAAGGGAAGACUCAUCACAGGCGCAAGAACAGACCAUUUUUGACAAACAUCAAAUCAUACAAAGGCCUCCCUCAAUUUUUUCAAGAAGAGGAAGGAUUAAAACACUCAAAAAGCAUCAAGACAUCUCUGCAGAAAAUGUCAAAAAGAAAUGGUGGUUACAUUUUCAAUCUCCGGCUUGUUUUGCAAGAGAAAAACUCAAUAUCAAAGAGUGUGAUAGGGAUAAUUCUGUCAGGAAGACUGUUAAGAAAAAGUUGAACAGUGCUUGCCAAUCUACAGAUGCUUUGAACUUACUUGCUGACUUGGCUCUUAGUGCCAGCCCUAACAAGGCUCAACCACAACCAAAGCCAGCACUUGGGAGAGAACCUGAGACAAGCUUGAAGAAAGUUGACCUUACAAAAUAUGUUGCCAGUGUUGAUCAAGAGUCAGUUCUUCAUGCCCUUCUUAGACAGCCUGCUGCUAGACCAAUUCAGACUCUCGAGACUCCCUCUUCAAGCCAUCUUGUUGGAGGCAGUGAGCUGGUUGAUUUGGUCACUAAAGAACAUGAUUACUCAUUGCCCCCAUCUUCCUCUCUACCGUUGGGUUUGCCAGGUACACCCUUCCAGGUAUCCCCUUUAAGUGGCUCUACUGGACUGCUGCACCAUCAAACAACAAUGUAUGACGAUGGAAGUACAACCCUGGAGCCCUCUGUUGUUGAGACAGAUAGAGGUGAACAAGUCUGCAGGACGCCAGACUACCUGAAAAAACAGACAAUGCGCAGAAGAAAGUUUAGACACUCACGUACCUUUGUCAACAAGGAUGGAUCCAUCCAAGUCACAAAGCAGUGGACAGAAGACUAUGACUUUAGCCUAGACAGCAAGUUUGCAAGUGACUCAGAGGUUAAAGCUGUCAUCCGAGCCUUGCAUGGGCCAUGGGAUAACUCUGUUCAAGACACUAGUGAAGAGGUGCGUCUUAUUGUGCACAUGUGGAUCGGUCUGUUCUACAGCCGGUCAACAUCCAGGUUCUUUCACAUCGACUCUGACUUGACAUACCCAUUCCCAGAGGACAGUGAUUCUUUGGAAAUGUCCAGUGCAAAGAUAACAGGGUCAGAUCAAUCUGAGCUGAAGACCAAUUCAGAUGCACUUUCUUCAAGUGUGGUCGACACCUCAGAACCUUCAACUUCAAAAGCAUUGGACCUCAGCAAAAAAGAUGACUCUGCUCAAGAGAAAGGAACUGACCAAGGAUCUGUGGUUUUGGACUUGUCUCUGAAAAACUCCAGUACAGAGGCUGUCACUUCAGAUGCAAAAGUCAGCACAAAAGACACUUGUGAAAAGAUGGACACAAGAAAAACAUUGAACACCAAGUCAUACAAGGGAGAACAGGAGGUUAAUCAAGAGAUUGCGCCCUCUAUGAAGAUGAUCAAUGAGGGGGAUGUUUUCAACAGCAUCCAAAUGAAUAAUGAAACUUGCACCCCUUUGCAAACAGCUUGCCUGUUGGGACCUACUAAUCUGUUACUUGUACCAAUAAUUUCUGUACAGAGAAUGGUUGGGACUGCAGCAGUUCCAUCAGAGAGAAAUCCCACUGCUUCAGGACUUGCUGACAUUUUACAAGAAUCCUCCAGUGAGAGGACUGAUUUGAAAGACUGCACUGGAAGUUCAGAGCCUACAGAGAUAGGUCUACAUCAGCCACAUGGUGGAUUUUCAACUGAAUCCAUGAUGGAUGACUCCAGCAAAGAAGCAGGCAAUGUGACUCAUACAGUUCAGCAUAUUGAAACUGAACCUAAAGAUGGAAAGAACCUGGAAGUACAAGAGAAGCCACACAGAGAAAAUAAUAAAGAACUUUAUCCAGAACUUACCCAGGCAGUUGAUAAUUUCACAGAAAAGGUUUUGGGUGCAGUCUGCAAUGGAAAUCUUUUGGAAAAUGAGAAGCAGUGUUCAAGUGAGGAGCCUGUGGCAGUCUCAGAAGGUGUGGUUGUAAAUGCACAUUGCCCAUUUAAUGAAAAGGCUGCCAUCUGUGAUGAUCAUGCUGAGAAAGAAGACAGACUUGUUGAGAAGGACAGCUCUAUUCCAGCUGUGGAUGCUAAGAGUGAUGUUGGCAAUCAAACAUUGUCUGCGGAGGGUAAUGGCUCUGACUCAGUUAAGCAGGAUGAUAUCUCAGAGUCCAAUGGUCAAGGUGGUGUGGAUGGCCAGCCAACCCAUGCAGACAAGAAAGAAGACUCUUUAAAUGAUUUGCAGUUGGGAAUGUUGUGUGCAAAUGGCAAGAAUGAGCAUACCAUCCCAGAAAAAGCCCCUAAAUCUCCUUUGCAAAUGGAGACUAUUGAUAAUGAACCUGAAGCUGAGGAAAAUCAUACAUGUUCGGUAGAUGAGGCAGAAAAGGAAGAAAGCACAUGUUCAUUGGAUGGGUCUCAUGCAGAUCAGUCUGCUCUCCAAACAAAAGACAAAGUCGAAACAAGCAAUGACGAAGUAAUGACAGACCUAAAUCUAAUAAGUGAUGAUCAUGAAACCUGGGAUGCCAAGUCAGUUGAUGGGGAGAAAAUGGUAGUUGGCACUACUCAAGAAGAAAUACCAAUAUGCCAGGCACCAACAGAGCCUCCAGCUGAAAUUGCAGUUGUAAAAGAUACAGAUGUCAGAGGUGGCCAAUCCGAUGAGGAAAUGGAAAAGUACCAUGGUAGAGUUGUAAUUCCAUUCAUUGGAGUAGACAUAUCUGGUGAGGAUACAGAAUUAACUCACCACUCUCAAAGCAAGGUUAAAGAAACUGUUCAAGGUCAGGAAAGAAAAGCCCAUAUCAGUGAACCUACCCACAUUGAAACUCCUCAACCCACUGAAGUGUGCUUUACAUCUCAAGUGAACAGUCAGAAGGCAGAACUGUCUUUCGGCAAAGUGACCGGUCUCAACAUUCCUGAAAACAACCAACCAUUGGCCUCAGAGAAAGAGCCUGAUGACCGGUGUCCAACUCCGACUAUGGAUGAGAAACCAUACGGGUCCUUACCUUGUUCUGGAGCUUCAAGUGUUGCUUCUCCCUCAAGAAGUCGUAAAAGUCACCAAAAAGGGGCCAAGAAGUACCUCAGCAGGAGCUCGUUGACUGCAAAGAAUGAGAUGCCUAUUGAACAAAAAUUUUGCCACAAGUCUACAGUUAAUGGUGAUCCCCACUCUCACCAUGGUCUUCACCCUGAUCUUGAACUGAGAACUUUAAGAGUUUUUCAAAGCAUUGGCAAGUACCUCUCCAAAUCAACUGAAAAAUCUGGCCAGAUUGAAUCAACUGACAUGAAACACUCUCUUGACCAAACCUCUAUCCCCAACAAUAUGUGCAUUCUUGCUGAUUUACCCCAAAGCCAUCUCACCAAAGACUCCAAGGGCCAGAAAAUGAGCAAUAUAAAAGUACCGGUGUCAGCUUCUAUGGUACAAGAACUGCAGACAGAGUCAGCAGUAAUCUCUCAGAUAUUGCCUUUCAAAAGAAAAAUAGAGGAGGUUCUUGGGGUUGGGUUGCAGCUCAAUAAAACAGACUCAUCAGCUCAUCUGCAGUAUUCUGAAAGAGCAGAAAAAUCUAAGAAAUCUUCAAGUCAUCCCCACCAAGCAGUUCCUUCUUCUGGGUGUUUGGAAGCAGUAAAACCAAAUGUUGACCAAGACAGACAUACGACUACAUCACCGGCCAAUUUAGGUCAUGAACAACGCCCAUACAGUAAACGUCCUGUUAUGGCCGUGAAACCAUCAAAGAGUGAUGAAAGUCAAGCAGAUGGAGCCUCAAAGGAAAGACAAAUGGAAAACUCUGCAAUGUUGACUAUUCUAAAAAAUAAAAGGACUAAAGAGUCUUUGGAGAAAAAGACAGAAUGCUUUAAGAGGAAUUCUGAAAGACUGAGCAACAAGCUUUUAUUGAAGAAUAGUCCGUUGUCACAUGAAAGUGGGAGAAAGUCUGAGCCCAAUAAAGCUAAGUUUGAACGUCAUGAUCCUGUGCAUCAGUACAAAGGAAGGGAAAUGUCAAAAAACAAUUAUGCAUCAUCUCUCCCAGUGAAGAAUUUGGGAUCUUCACCAAGUUUAUCUCAACCUCUUGUAGAAAAGCGUUCUUUGGGAGAAGAAAAAGUUGUUCAAACAGCUAAACAGAAUCUUGAGAUGAAAAAGAGGGACUGCAUAACUUCUCUUGUGGAUUACAAAGGUGACAGUGAAAUGGAUGACGAUCUCUACCUAGGACCUGACAGCUCACUUACAUGUACAGUCUACAACAACAGCAAGGAAAGAUCAUCAUCGUUUCUGGAGCAGAUGUCGAAUCGGUGCGUACAAGAUGACCCGACUGAGGCUUCAAUGGAGCAAGAGUGCCUGAUCUUCUCUGAAAAAAUGAAACAGCUUUUGAAAAGGAGUAAAAUGGGAUCCAUCAACCAACUAGAUUCACAAGACAAAUUGAGUCAGUCUUGCCUCAGUCCUGUGACUGUGACCAUUUCAAGUUUAGAGAAGCAGGGGGUGCUUGUGGAAAACUUGGCCACACCAACACUUUUUGGACAAAAACUGAAGGUAGAGAUGUCUGAUAGGGAACACCUGGCAGCCACAGAAGAAGGAUCAAAGUCUCAGAAGUCAUCCACACCAGUAGAACAUGCAGGAGUUUCAAGAUUGACUGCUGAGUUUGCAGAGCUGUAUGAGGAAACGAUGAACGAUGUUUGUGCAGUCAGUAAAGUCCCAUCCAAAUCCAAGCACUUAGGAAUGGAUAGAGGUUACUCAAAGACUGAUCCAAAUAACUAUUUUGACUUCUGCGAUCAAAUGAAAAGAGAGAUGGAUGAAAGUUUCCGCAGCAAUCUGAACUCAGUGGUGAAGAAAUCCUGUAAAACCAAGUACAGAUUCUACAUACUGGAGACAUCAGAUAAUGCCUUCUUUGGGGAGACCAAGGCACAGUUGGAGGCAGAGGGCCACACUGCUGUACAGCCGUCUGAAUUCUUUCUUGAAAUGGGCUGCUCUUUAUUUCUACUCAUCAUCCUGAGAAAUGAAGACAUUGCAGAGCACAUUUGUGAGAUCCCACACUUGUUAGAGUUGAAGAAGUCCCCAGGCGUGCAGUUUGCUGGGAUUGACGAACCAGACGAUGUCAUCAACCUCACCCAUCAGGAGCUCUUCACAAAGGGGGGAUUUAUAAUGCUUGACAGAGCAACGCUGGAGCACCUUAACCUUUGCGACAUGAAAAAAAUGUCAGAAAUCUUGGAAGAGCUAAGCAGAAUGGGGAAGUGGAAGUGGAUGUUGCACUACAGAGACAGCCGUCGGUUGAAAGAAAAUGCAAGGUUGAGUGCAGAGGCAAAAGAAAAGAGGAACUUCCUAAACUGUUGCCAAGAAGCAGGGAUAAUGGAGGUGUUGCCUUACCACGAGUGUGACCACAUGUCAAGAGAUCAGCCAGAUUAUUUCACAUGUUUGGCUCGCUUGCAGGUCCAGAAUAUAUCUGCACGUUACACCGUUUUUAUUACAGAUUCAGCAGUAGACGGCGUGUUCAGAAGUCAUGGAAUAAUGACGAUGACUUUCAGCUCUUUCCUGUCGUGUUCGCCAAGUGAAGUUUUCUCAGUCUGAGUUGGAAAAAUCUGAUGGACAAGUUCGAGCUGUGAUCAUUCAAUAACUCACUAUAUUAAAUAAACCUGAAUAUAAAAUGUAGUACUUUUAUAUGUAUAUUUUUAUAACUACACGGGAUAAGCUUUCUCGUGUCAGUCAUUACUGACUUAUAGUUUGACAUGAUUUUUGUUUUUUUGUAAACUAAGUUAUCUCUCAGUUUAUGCAUAGUGUCACUUAUGCCAUUAUGCAGAUUGCUGAGGUGUUUAUAAUGUACCUAUUUUGUAAGGUAUUUUAUAGUAUAUAGUAUUGUAAACUUGUUUAAAAACAAUUUUUAUAUGUGUAUAUUUUGUUAAGCUUACAGAUGUGAUUUGAUCCAUUUGGCGCACAAUCAUUUGUUAUGCUCAGUAGAAAGGCUGUUCAUUAAGAUUUGUUUUUUUGUUUUUUGUUUUUUUUUUUGUUAGUUUUUUUGUUGGGAGAAUAUUAUUCAGUGCUGUGUUCAAGCCUUGCAACAAAGCUUGAUUUUUCAAUUGUAACAUAUUUAAGUAUAUUACUGCACUGUAAUGUGUUGACUGAGAAUAAAGAUGCCUCUCUCAUUGUUCUG